AUUUCUAGAAGGGUGUUGGUGCUUGGUGAAUUGCUACUAUCGGGCGCCAAAAUCCUCAGCUGAAACGGCGAUGGCUUAGAUCCUCAUCUUACUCACACGUUUCGUUCUUCCUUCAAAUAUCUAAUCAGAAUGAUAGAGGUGGUAGAAUGAGGCUGAACACGUGGCAGCAAGCGGCGGUGGCAGUGGGUUCGGCGGUAGGGGCACUGUUGAAUCCUCGAAGAGCAGAUUUAAUAGCGGCUCUCGGUGAAACAACUGGAAAACCCGCUUUCCAGAGGGUUCUUCAAAGAAUGAACAAUUGCCCGCAAGGCAGGGCAGUACUAUUGGAGCGUCCUCGAGUUGUAUCUGCAAAAGUAGGACAUGCUUGGGACCUGCCAGCAAAUACAUUUGGUGCUGCCUAUGCUAGAUUCAUGGGAUCCAGGAACUUUUCCCCAGAUGAUAGACCACCUGUGAGGUUCAUGGACACAGAUGAAUUAGCCUAUGUAGCCAUGCGGGCUCGUGAAGUGCAUGACUUCUGGCAUACCCUUUUUGACCUUCCUACUAACUUGAUUGGGGAGACAGCACUGAAGGUAAUUGAGUUUGAGCAGAUGCAACUUCCUAUGUGCCUGCUGUCUGUUAUAGGGGGCACUGCAAGAUUCAGUGAAAAGCAGAGGAAAUUGUUUUAUCAGCACUACUUCCCCUGGGCUGUUCGUGCUGGUAUGCAGUGCACUGAUCUUAUGUGUGUGUAUUAUGAGCGGCAUUUUCAGGAAGACUUGGAAGAAGUUCGCCGGGAAUUGAGAAUUGUUCCUGCUCCUGCUCCUGCUCCUGCUGUUUCUUAACUGCGUGGAUUUGGACCUAGAGAAUACUUGGUUUUCUUGGUGGUAGCAGUGUGCUAGAGUUGUGUAAUUCUAAUUUUUGAAUGCAAUGUAGGGUACAGGCUUUGCUUUUGAUAUUUUGUUGGUGAACGUUGUAUAGGUUUUAUUUUAUCAGUGACUUGUUUAUCAUGAUCAAUAAAAUAAGACUUAC